UCAGCAGCAGCUGUCCAACAGCAAUAUACAAUGGAGACUAGUUGCAAUGACUCGCUUCUUGAUGGAGGAAAUGCUUAUUAUGAUGUCUUCCUCAAGAUAAGCAUUGGGACAAUGUGCACCUUGUCUGCAUUUGGAUCCUCCCUUAUCAUACUGACCUUUAUCCUUUUCAAAGACAUUCGUACCAUCCCAAGGCAACUCCUAUUCAAUCUCUCCAUUGCAGACCUACUGACUGCACUGUCUAACUUCUCUGGGAUCUUCACAAAUUUUGACAAGUACCUCAACUAUUGCUUAGUACCACUGGAGGACCAGAAUGCAGGGAUACAGAGUGCUUGCAUAGCUCAGGCAGCUACAGGGCAGCUGACUACAAACUCAUCAAUACUAUGGACUAUAUGCAUUGCUUUUUACAUGUUGAUCAUUAUUGUUUUUCAAAAGGAGUCAAUAGCAAAGAAGCUCCUUCCAUUAUACUACAUAUUGUCAUGGGGGCUACCAUUUGCAGUUACAGUCUGGUUUUCUUUUGUUGGCUACUUGGGAUAUGAUCCAGAAACAACACCAGGCUGGUGUGGGAUUGUUGGAAGUAAACUCAUCACUGAUGGCAAUUUCACUCAUAAAGAGAAGCUUGUGUUCCCUGUCGUGAUUGGUUAUACAGGGUUUGUCUACGCUGCAUUCUUUUUGCUCCCAAUCAUGUAUAUUGUAAUCAGAUGCCACAUAAAAAUCCUUUUCAAACGCAGACCAGAUGGGAAAAUGCGAAUUCAUUUACAAGCAGAAUCCAAAUCAACAGAUCUCAAGAUGAUAUUCAUACCACUGAUAUUCAUUUUCAUCAGAGUGUGGAGUUUGGUUGUCGAUUCUUUUGAUUAUUAUGUUGACAGGGAUCUUAAGUACAAGUUUAAGAACUCUACAGUUGGCGCCAUAUUUGUUUUGGCAAAGGGUCUGGGUGACUCUUCACAAGGUUUUGCCAAUGCCAUCCUAUUCAUUGGAUUCACACAAGCUGUUCGCUGGAAACUAUGGAGACCGACACAGAGAGCUUAUAAACGAUACUGUCGCUGCUGCCGUCACAACAGAGAUGAGCUAAUGAUGUCCAGAGUAACAGAAGCUACUCCAUUAAUCACUGAUGAUAGCACUGGAACUGUUUAUGCAACUGAGAAUAUAAAUGACUCUUGCUAUGAAGCAAAUAAGAGUUUUGCUCAAUAACUGCUGCUAUUGUAAAAAAAAAAAAAUUUUAGCAUGUAUCUAUAAUGAAGCAGUUUGUUGGCAAUGAUUGCCAUAAUGAUUCAGCAUUUACAAAAAUAAUAUUAAAAAAAAUAAUCAAAACUA